AUGUGGAAAAUCAGAACCAACACAUUCCUAAACAUAUGCAUAGUAAUAAGUUUAUUUUUUUUAUUCUACUAUGCUCUCCUAACUCAAGAUGUCGUUAAACAAAGAAGAAACUUAGUAAGAAAUUUAAAAAACGAUUUAGGAUAUGUGAAAUUCUUGCCAUCUGCCCCACACAAUUCUAAAGAAUAUAAUAUUUGGUUAAUAUUUACAAAGGUUACAAAUGUUUCUACCCUUAGCUACAAGUUCAGGGAUCUUUUGCACAAUUUAUUGAAUGUUAGCUCAGUGCCUUUAAGGUUCAACAUUAUAGUAGAUAAAGGUUCUCAAACUAUUGCAGAGAAUCAAAUCUCUGAAACGCUCUAUGGAAACAAGUCUAUGGUCUAUUCAUUUUAUGAUAUUGAAGAAAGUGCGAAGAAAAUCCAGGAUAUUGUUGAAGUUAUGACACCGCAUUUUAGUUCAAAACCAGGUACUUACUACAGUGAUGCUCUCUUUUACAUAUCUCUAGGACUGUAUAGGAUUGCACCUCAAAGUCAACACUUUGCCAUUUUGUUAGAUUGUGAUUUAUAUUUUAAGAAAGACAUAGCUUUACUGUUUAACGAAUUUGAUAGAUUUAAACCCACUGCCCUAUUCGGAUUAGCGCCGGAAUUAACUCCUGUAUACCGCCACAUCCUACACAUGUACAAAGCCAAGCAUAACACAACUUUUGGUGAAUUUUAUCAUGAUAACAAUAUUUCCAAUGACGUCCACCCGAAAGGGUUCCAAGGUUACAACACUGGUGUCGUACUUAUCAAUCUCGGUGCUCAAAGGAAAUCCUUAGAAUUUCCAAAACUCAUUUUGAACGAAUCGGUGCAAGCAAUGACUUCAAAAUACAGGUUUCGAGGCCAUCUCGGAGAUCAAGAUUUUUACACUUUGGUGGGUUAUGAACAUCCUCAUCUGAUACAAACCCUUAAUUGCGGCUUCAAUAGACAGCUCUGCACAUGGUGGAGAGAUCACGGUUACAGUAGUAUAUUCGCGGAUUAUUUUAAAUGCAAUCACGACGUUGUUGUAUUGCACGGUAAUUGCAAUACGAGAAUACCUAAAUAA